UUUCGCGCUAAAACUCAUGCCCUGCCUCGGCUCUCCUCUCCCGCCCCGCUCGGCAGAGCUCCGACUCGGGAUUCUCCAGGCAGCUCGCAGGACGCGCCGGCAGGAGAAACUCCCCUCUCGCAGCUAUGUGUGUUACGUUUGGGUGAGGGAACCUGCGCACGGAAUCAACCGGGUCAAGGGACCGAAGAAGUCAAUGUUGUGAUAGAGCCGCCAAUCCCAACUUGGUACAACUGCGUGGAGAAAGGCAAUAUAAUAGAGAUGUUGCAUUGAUGUCGUGUGUAGUUCCCAGAAUUAACUCCAUCCUACCAGUACAAACAGCUUAAUGCUUAAUUGUGAUGUAAUAAGAAGAAAGAAAAUCCCCUUCUGCCCGAAAAAGAACAAAACUGCAGUUCCAAGUGCUUUCCUUUAGGAAUCAGCUGGGUAGUUUUUAUUUGCUUUCUUGUUAAAAAAAAAAAAAAAAAAAGGAAGAACCCUUCUGUUCUCGCAGCUAACAUUAUAUAAAUCCCCAGACACAUACUGUGCAAAAUGUAUUAGCAGUAUGUUUCAUAUGCUGCAGUUCUCGCUCUGCAAUCUGUUGGUAUUUUAAAGUAAGGAUGAACUGUAAUCUCCCAUAAAUCAUUUUUAAUUCAAUGCUGGGUAGACGUGUGCCACGGCGAAGUAUCAUCUCCUGGCUGCUUCUUUUUUUUUUUUUUUUAUUUUUCUUUUUAAGUUUGCUGGAAGAAGACCUUUGCUGAAGUUAAAUCAGCACAUGCGUCUUGCACAGCACUUCAGCAAGUGGAUUAUAAUAACAACCCCCUCAACGCGUGUCUCACAUGAGGAAUCUUUUAUGCCGUGCUGUAUUAAGACUUUUUUUUUUUGUCAUAUUGUUUAGCUCUGGGAAAGGGAAAAAAAUGAAAACAAAGCAAUUAAAAAGAUUGACAGGUAUGGGUUUGUGUGAGACCUAUUUGUAAUUGUCAGGGUGACGUGGGCAAGAGGAGGAGGAGUAACAAACUGAAGCAGGAAAAGCAGCUCGAUGUGUCUGUCUAUCAGUUGAGACUGUCUGAGAGCCCUGGGAUCCGAAUGUGUGUUAUAUUUCAGUGAAAAGAGAAGAGAGGGAGAGUGGAUCUCUUUCUCUCCCAGGAGUUUAGGGGGGGGGGACAGUUCACGUUAAUCUGUCCCACUCAGUGAAUGUCUUUUCUUCCUCCCCCCCUCCCUCUCUGCACACACUCUCCGGGGUUUUUCUUGGUUUUGGCAAAUUUUUUGUGUGUGUGUGUUGUUUUUUGUUUUUUGGUUUUUUUUUUUUUCUUCUGUUGCAGAUCGAGAUCAGCAAAAAAAAAUCCAUUAUAAAAAAUGUGCUUUCAUUAUAUUUAGUAGCAGAAGAAGCUUCGAUUUGUGGAAGAGAAAAAAAAGGGAGAGCAAGAGAGAAAAGUAGUCCUCUCCGGUGGUGACACUGUUUGAUCUGUGACUGUUUGGAAGGUGGAGGAGUGACUGACAUUUCCCAUCCGGUGUAUAUGUAUGUAUGGGGGCUUUACUCCUUUUUAUGAUUUGCUUCCUUGCUCUUAGACUAAGUGCUGGGAGGAGAAGGAGAGACUGGAUCGACCUCGUUUUUUGCACAAUGAACAAACUAUUACCAACGCAAUAAAAAACCAAACAAACAAAAAACCCCCCAACAACAACAGCAACAACAACACACAAAUCCACGAGCUUGAAACAAGCCAGCGAGCGAGCGAGAAAGUUGCGCUUUGAGACUCUUUGAUCUCGGAGAAAGCCUGAGAGGGGGGGAGUGACUGAAUUUACCGUCUCAUCGCCGCCGCUUGCUCGGCUCUCCACCGCGAAGAAGGAGAAGAAGACGAAGAAGUGAUUAAGGAAAGGAGGGGGAGAAGGGGAGAGAGAAAAAGGAGGAGAAAAAAAAAAAAAGGAACGAAAGAAAGAUAAUGGAUUUGGGCUACAGAUUGAACUGAUCAAAUCUUAUUUAUUUUGCACAUCUCCACUGGCAUCUUCCCUGCUGCUGCUGCUGCCGAGAGGACUGAAGAGCUUUGUCUUAUAAGGAACUUAAAAGAGAGAGAAAGAGAGAGAGAGUGUGUGAGAGAGAGAGGGAGGAAAAAUUAACCUUGUAAAUGAAAACAUUUCCUAAGCAAGUUUUUGGAGUGGCGGCGGAAAUUGGCAUCCCUGUCACCAGUCUGUGGCUUGCCUCAUCCCACACCCCACAUUCCCCCCCGCCCCGCGCACCCCGCUCGCCGCGCCGGGAGCUGACCCGGGGGGGGAACCCGGACCGGGCGAGAGGAGAAUCCGACCAAACUUUUUCUCCUUCCUCCCCCCCCCCUCCUUCCUCCUCCUCUCCCUCUCUCCCAUUCCUCCCCACCCUCCCUCUCGCUCUUCCUAGGCAGAAUUAGAAGUUGAAUCCGCUUUCUUUUCUCCUUCCUCCCCCUCCCUCCUUCCCUCCCUCCUUCCUCCCCCCCCCCCCACCCCCCCAUAUUUUAUUUUUUUUUUAUUUGUGUGUGUGCGUGCGCGGCUGUGUGUUUGUUUCUGCAUGAAAAGAGGGGGAUCGGAAGAGGAGUCCUGCGUGGAAACUCUGCGGCGGCGGCGGCGGGCGGCGAGGCGGCGGCGGCGGCGGCAGCAAUGCCGCGGAGAAAGCAGCAGGCACCCCGGCGCUCCGCAGCAUAUGUUCCUGAGGAAGAAUUGAAAGCAGCAGAAAUAGAUGAAGACAGCGUGGAAGAUGAUGGGCUGUCUCUGGACAUCCAGGAGAAUGAGUAUUUGUGCAAUGAAGAAGCGGAGAUCAAAGAGGCUCAAAGCUACCAGAACUCCCCAGUCAGCACUGCAACUAAUCAGGAUGCAGGCUAUGGUUCGCCGUUUAGUGAAAACAGCGAUCAGCUGGCCCAUUUCAAAAGCACUUCCUCUAAAGAAGAGAAAGAGGAUCCUCAGUGCACAGACAAUGUUUCCUAUCCACAGGACAGCUUGGCACAAAUAAAAGCUGUGUAUGCAAAUUUGCUUUCAGAGACUUGCUGGUCCAGUUUAGCUUUGGACUUAAAGAAAUCCAAUCCAACCACCAGCAACAAUGGAAUCAGCCAGAACGAAAACACGACCAGUACUGACGCUAAUGCCAAUUCCCAAAGUACUUGUACAACCAGUACCAACACCAGUACCAGUACAACCACCAGUAGUACUAGUAACAGUAACAAUAACAGUGGUGGCUCGGGUUAUGACUGGCACCAAGCUGCGCUGGCUAAAACUCUGCAGCAGACCUCAUCGUAUGGACUUCUCCCGGAGCCGAGUCUCUUCAGCACAGUACAGCUUUACCGGCAAAACAAUAAACUCUAUGGGUCUGUGUUCACCGGUGCCAGCAAGUUCCGAUGCAAAGACUGCAGUGCAGCCUACGACACGCUGGUGGAGCUAACAGUGCACAUGAAUGAAACUGGACAUUACCGUGAUGACAACAGAGAUAAAGAAGCUGAUAAGACCAAGCGGUGGUCAAAGCCUAGGAAACGAUCGCUUAUGGAAAUGGAAGGCAAAGAGGAUGCCCAGAAAGUGCUGAAGUGCAUGUACUGCGGGCAUUCGUUUGAGUCUUUGCAAGAUCUCAGCGUCCAUAUGAUAAAAACAAAGCAUUACCAGAAAGUGCCUCUGAAGGAGCCAGUACCAGCCAUCACCAAAUUGGUCCCUUCUACCAAAAAGCGAGCACUUCAGGACUUGGCUUCACCUUGUUCACCUGAGCCAACAGGGAUCACGGCAGAAGCUUCACUGGGUGAGUCUGCAAAGGAUCAGAAAACUGCCAACCCCUACGUGACUCCGAACAACCGCUAUGGCUAUCAAAAUGGUGCUAGCUACACUUGGCAGUUUGAGGCACGCAAAGCCCAAAUACUAAAAUGCAUGGAAUGUGGCAGUUCCCAUGAUACUUUGCAGCAGCUCACUGCUCACAUGAUGGUCACCGGUCAUUUCUUGAAGGUGACCAAUUCUGCUUCCAAAAAAGGCAAACAGCUAGUGUUGGACCCAGUGGUGGAGGAGAAAAUACAGUCUAUACCUCUUCCACCCACCACCCAUACAAGGCUGCCAGCCUCCAACAUUAAAAAGCAGCCCGAUUCUCCAGCGGGCUCCACAAACUCGGAGGAAAAGAAAGACCUAGAGAAGGAAAAGCUGGUGGUCACUGAAACAGAGAAAAAGAUUAAAGAAGAGAGUGAAGACUCUACAGAGAAAUUUGAGCCAACAACUUUGUAUCAAUACCUCAGAGAGGAGGACCUAGAUGAUAGUCCUAAAGGCGGAAUAGACAUAUUGAAAUCCCUGGAGAACACAGUGACAACAGCCAUCAGCAAAGCCCAGAACGGAGCCCCUUCCUGGGGAGGAUAUCCCAGUAUCCACGCAGCUUACCAGCUCCCGGGAACAGUCAAACCCCUUCAGCCCACAGUGCAGAGCGUUCAAAUGCAGCCGUCCUACGCAAGCAGUGUGAAAUCGCUGUCGUCAGAACACAACGCGCUCAUCCAUUCCCCAGGCCAUCUCACACCCCCACCUCACAAGAGCAAUGUAUCUGCUAUGGAGGAACUAGUGGAGAAAGUUACAGGUAAAAUCAACGUGAAGAAGGAAGAGAAGCCUUUGGAGAAGGAGAAGAGUUCUCCAGUUAAACCCAUGUCACCUGCUGCUAAAGAAAACAAGGACUUCCCAAAAGCAGAAGAAAUAAAUAACAAACAGCAGCCAAAGAAGAGCUCUGAGUCUGAAGUUCAGAAGGUCAAAAAGGAUAGUCCAGCAGAAGCACAUACGCCAAAUGGUACAGAGCCACUUAAAACAAAGGUUGCAAAUGGCUGUAACAAUUUAGGAAUUAUCACAGAUCAUUCACCUGAGCCAUCCUUCAUUAAUCCAUUGAGCGCUUUACAGUCCAUUAUGAAUACUCACUUAGGCAAAAUUUCUAAGCCGGUAAGCCCCUCUCUGGACCCUUUGGCUAUGCUGUACAAAAUUAGUAACAGCAUGCUGGACAAACCCAUUUACCCAACCACUCCAGUCAAGCAGGCUGACGCUAUCGACCGGUAUUACUAUGAGAACAGCGAUCAACCUAUUGAUUUAACUAAGUCCAAAAACAAGCCUCUUGUUUCCAGUGUGGCUGACUCUGCCUCAUCCCCGCUGAGGGAGAGUGCCCUGCUGGAUAUUUCCGAUAUGGUGAAGAACCUCACGGGGCGUUUGACACCCAAGUCUUCAACUCCCUCUACCGUGUCAGAGAAGUCUGAUGCCGAUGGGAGCAGUUUUGAGGAAGCUCUGGAUGAACUGUCACCAGUACACAAGAGGAAGGGCAGGCAGUCCAACUGGAACCCUCAGCAUCUUCUUAUCCUUCAAGCCCAGUUUGCUUCCAGCUUGAGGGAGACCCCAGAAGGCAAAUACAUUAUGUCGGACCUAGGUCCACAAGAGCGGGUACACAUCUCUAAGUUUACUGGUCUUUCCAUGACCACAAUUAGCCACUGGCUAGCCAAUGUGAAGUAUCAGUUAAGGAGGACAGGUGGAACUAAAUUUUUAAAGAACUUGGACACAGGACAUCCUGUUUUCUUUUGCAAUGAUUGUGCCUCUCAGUUCAGGACUGCUUCUACAUACAUAAGUCACUUAGAGACACACCUAGGGUUUAGUUUGAAGGAUCUGUCAAAGUUGCCACUUAAUCAGAUUCAAGAACAGCAGAAUGUUUCAAAAGUCCUCACAAACAAGACUUUGGGCUCACUUGGAAUUGCCGAGGAGGACUUAGGCUCCACAUUCCAAUGUAAGCUCUGUAACCGAACUUUUGCAAGCAAGCAUGCAGUCAAACUGCACCUUAGUAAAACACAUGGCAAGUCCCCAGAGGACCAUCUGAUCUAUGUAACUGAGUUAGAAAAACAAUAGCGUCCAGGUAAGCAGCCAGGUAUGCAAGUGACCACAGGAACAUUGCACUAAACUUCUUCAUAGUACUGCACUAGGCCUGACCUGAGCCUCUGAAAUCAGUCUUACUUUUGUUGCUGAACUGCCUAUCUGGACCUUGGUUUUUCUUACACUUAUUUUGUAGUUAUAUUUAUAUGCUCUUUGUCUGAUCUGUGCAUGGUUAUUUUUUUGUUUCUGUUUUUAUUUUUUGUGAGUCAAAGUCUGACCUUUAUUUUCAACAUCUGUCCUUGAUGUUAAGCUAUCUUUUGUAGAAUAUAGUGGGAGACACUAUUGAGAGACAUUAAUUUAGCCGUAAAGAAAGACACAAAGAACAAUGAUAAAGAGACAUCCUAAAAUUACAAAGUUGCCAUGACAAUAAAGGUCACAGAACCUGGUAGUGUCAAGUUUUAACCCUCUGAGAACUGUAAUAGUAUUUCUGUGCCUUUCCCAGUGACUAAAUAAGUAAAUAAGGAAAAACAAAAUAAAACAAAAGAAACAAAAGGCUUAAAGGCAUUUCAUUCAAAUAAAAGCUGUGUCGGAAGCAGGCCUUUUUUUUUUAAAUGAAUGAGCUUCCUUUUUUUUUUUUUUUAAAUGCAGAACUGGUUUGUGAAGAUAUUGUGCAUGCAGUCCUUGGAAGAAGGAGAGCUGUGUAGUACUCAAGGGGUUAGGAAGCCACAACUGUUUAAGUUAAAUAAUGAUUAAAAAAAACAAGCAAACCAAUUUGCCACUAUGCCCAAACCCUCUGGAUGCUGAGAAUUGCCACUUUUUGGCAAAAGGGGAAAAAAAGUAUGCAAGCUGUUAUUUAAAACAAAUGUAAAAAUGCUCUUUCCUUUCCUUUAUUUUUUUUUUCCUGUAAAAUACUGCAGUUUAUAGUUAUUUACAAAUGUUAAGCUUUGGUACAAGCUGACCUUUCUAUAGUGUGCUGCAUUGGUAAAUGAAAACAAAAAAAAAUGGGGCAAAUGUUGGAUUCUGUUCCUUGUAAAUUGCCAGCAUCAGCUUAAAAAAAUACAUGUUACAUAUCGUACCAUUUUAAACUGUUCAACUUUCUUUGUACCUUCUGGCUGUAUGCUUUCUCUUUUAACUUUUUAUAUUGUCAUUUUAUAUUCAAUUUCUGUGUAUAUAAUGUAAAACCACACUUUUUGAAUAAAAUUUAGUUCCUGCAGCUUGAUAUAAAUAGAGGAAUUUUACUGGCACCUGCAUCUUUCCAGAUGCAUGUACUUAAAGGAACUAUCUGACAAAAAAUAAAUAAAAAUAAAGCAAGCAAUGCACUAUGAAUUAUACAUUUUGAUGUUUUAUCAUUAAUAUUGUACAGUACAUUUUGGUUCACACAAUUAAAUCCACUGUUUUCUCAAGUGUAAAAUAAACCCACAUGCAGUUCUUGAUUUACAUACAUUGUCAUGUCGUCAUUAUAUUGCCUUUGAGGUGUUACUCCAGCUAUAAGAGGCAUCGUUUAUAUAAUCAACCAGCAAAAAAUCUAUUUGAAAUCAUCUCUCGUGAUCAGUGUGCUGACAUGUCUCUCUCAAAGCCCUAAUGCUGGUAACCUCUUAGAAGAGAUCUGCAGCAGGCACUCACUGCAAAAGGGACAUAGCCAGAGCACAAGGGGCAUUCUGCUCCUUGCUCGCGUACAAGAGAGGCUGCAAAGGUUUUGGCCAAGUUAAUUUCCUUAUGCUGUGCGGCUGUACCUGUAGCCAUUUUCUGUGUGCGUUCAAAGGCCGUCUCCUCCCUCCCUCCUCUGGUGAAGCACCCUUUGAUUUCAACAGUUCCACAGUCAGAGGCUGUGGGUCCUGCCCCUGCAGUCUGUUGGAUGCUGCAGUGCUUCCUCCCUGGCAGCGGUGAAGACCUCAGAGGCUUUGACACCAGUUUUUACUCACAGUACAAGGAGGCAGACCUAUGUUUCUCUGUACUUUUUAAAUAUUGCAUUUUGAGGUAAGCUGAGCGCUAUCAUAUCAGGUGUUUCCCUUAAUCUUUAUUUCUGUUCUGUUGAAUGCAGAUGUCAUUUAGAAUGUAAAAGAGAGCUGUCAGAGCCUUCACUUCUCUAUCUCCUGAGUGCUUUGACAGUUACAGUGUAAGAAAGCCUGGGAUCUGCUAUCCAUUACACUUUUUGGAUGGGCUAUUAAAUAUGAGGACCUAGAGGGGUUUGCUUUCACGUGGUAUUAGCGAUACUGUUGUGUUAUAUAUACUUCUGUGUACAUACGUAUAUUUCUGUUUCUUCUCGGUUCUUCUGAAAGUAAUUUAAAUGCAAGAUCUUUGCUUCCAAAUACAGCAUGGUUCAACGCUUAAUCUUUACUUUAGCUACAACUACAGAAAUAUCCAUGCACUGUUCUGUUCCCCGUAAAAGCCUAUCCGGUCCAGGUCAGUUACAUUUAUACGGUGUUUUUAAGUAGUGAAGGUAAGUGCCAGGAAGGUUUUUUAAAAUGUCCCUUACUUUCGUCUCUGCUAACUACCUAUGUCCUUCAGGGGAUCUAGCCAUUUAGACAUUUCAGUUCAAUUACUGGAUGAUUAUGUGCUUUGGGCCCAAGGGGUGGUGAGGAAGAAAAACAGUCAGGCCUGUGGCCAUAAUACAGAGUCCUUAAAUAAUAACCCUUUGAAGUUUUGUUUACUUUCCCACAGGCCUGCAAACAUGUGAUUAUAAAAUAUGCUGUAGUACAUUGCAGUAGUGUGUGAAAAGGUUGAAAGGGAGAAAUAAUAGCUCUAAAGUGGGUUUGAAUCUAAUGUAAAUCCAUUAAAACUGAUUUUGAAACACGGCAUGUAAAGUGAGUUCUCAACACCAGGUGACUCCCUCGAGAGGUGUUUAUGACAUUGCUAAAUCCGUUCAGUUCUGAUAGCUUCAGAAUUGGACAAUCACUCAUCAUCUGUGCCACUGUCUGAAGAAAGUCCAUUUAGAAUAAACCAGCAGCUUUACCUGGUGACUAUGCUGAUGUAACACUUUCUAUGACUGAAAUAUGGAGUAGAUGAAAAUUGGAGGGCUCUGAUGGUUCACCUGCUUAAGAAAAUGAAGCACAGUGACUGUACAAUCUCUGUUAUUUGGAUUUUUGCCACUUUUGAAUAUUGUAUUUAAAAAAUAUUUUUUAAAAAAGAAAUUGCAGAGUUCAAA